GUCUGGGCUUACACCGUCUUUAUGGCACCUGCGGUUGCCACGACUACCAUCACGAGCAUGAGGACGACCGUCAAGAACACCUUCCUCGAGCUGCUGGCCGACGGCGACGCCGAAGACAGCGCUGUCAGCGUGCCGCUGCGGCGGACCAGCUCCAGCCCCUGCCUGCUGACCUACGGCGCAGGGGCCCGCCAGAUCGCCGAUGACGUCUCCUGCCCGGACCUGGCGCCAGACGUGGAGAGCUACGACUCCGAGGACGACGACGUCUGCUGCCUCUGGAGGCCCGCCGGGCGCGCGCCGCCGGCGCUGCCGGGCCCCAGCGACCUCCUGCAUGUCCAGCCGUGGCCCUGCGCGCCCGCCAAGGAGGGGCCCGACUGCUGCUCCAAGCGGCUCCCCGGCCUCAGCGACCUCCUCCAGCUCCAGACCAACAGCAAGCCCACCACGGCAGCCACGGAGCCCACCCACACGCCGUUCGGCAGGCUGCUGGCGCUGCGGGGCCUCCGCUCCCCCGCCGCCGCCGCGGCGCCCGCCACCCGCACGCGCCUCAGCACCCGCGCGGCGGCCUUCGUGCCCGGCGCCCCGUCGCCCUGCGGCGCCCCCGCGGCGGCGCCCCGGCAGGCGCUCCAGCUGGCAUUCCCGCCGCCCGGGCCGCCGAGCGUACGGGAGCCGGCGGCGUCCGCGGCUGCCGCGCCCGCCGCGGCGGAGGCCCCUCUGGCUGCCGCUGGCGGAGGGUGUGCAGAGACCACCACGGUGAUGCUGAGGAACCUGCCGCCGUGCUACACUCGCCAGAUGCUGAUCGACCUGCUCGCGAAGAAGGGGCUUUCGCAGCAUGUUGACUUCCUCUAUCUGCCCAUGAACUUCCAGCUAUCGCAGAACGUCGGCUACUCCUUCCUGAACGUAACCAGCAAGGAGCAGACAGAGCGCCUGUUCGAAGUCUUCGAGAGCUUCCAAGACUGGGGGGUCGACUCGGAUCGGCUCUGCUCCGUGUGCUGGAGUGACACGCAGGGCUUGGAUGCGAACAUCGAGCGCUACCGGAACAGCCCAAUCAUGCGCAAGGAGGUGCCAGAUGAGUACAAGCCGACGCUACUCUCGAACGGGGUCCCAGUCGCGCUCCCGAAGCCCACCAGGCAGCUGCGUAGCCUCCGCUGCCGCAGAGGCCACGGCGUCGGCACGCAGUAA